GGAAUCCUGUUUAGCAUUAAGGCGUUGGGCGGGUGGCCCUGUCACUCGACGUUUUCUCCUCCAUUUAUAUAUCAUUUAUUUAUUUUUUCCAUUUUUGCGAAAUAAAGAAGCUUUGCUGUUCUUGACACACCUUCUGCAUCAUCCUUUGGCCUUUUCUUCCUCACCCGCUAUCCGUUCAACACCAAUCCGCGUAACCACUACCCAACUCCCUCCCAUCCUCCUUGCCAAAACUCGUGCAUAAUUUCGUCUUUUUUAAUCCUUGAAAACCGUCAUCGGUUACUCCUCAAGUUCCCAAUCCCUUUAUUCAUCACUCUAGCAUUUCUAGAUCACUCCCAGAUCUCUUGUUCUCUCCGCUUCAUCGAUGCUGCUCUUCUGAUCUUCAAAUGGGGAUCGAUAAGGAGUUGUUGUCUUGAAUUGGAAAUUUGCUUUUUUGGGUUAGGACUUAGGAUUGCUGCACUUCAUGAUCAUCGUUACUAAAAGAUCUCAUUAGCCGGAUUUCCAAUCGUUUGUGUGCUUAAAUAAUUACUGUGCAAAAUGCUGGGAGAAAACAACAACAAUAACACGCUUCCUGUUUUCCUCAACGAGAACGCCUUCCAGUACCCUACUAACACAUCAAAUCAGCUGCAGUUAUUUGGAAACUCCACAGUACCCGUUGGAUUCAACGUCAAUCCAACAAAUUAUUUUGGGGGCGAGCAUAACACGGCUCUAGUUAGGCCUAACAAACGAGUCAAGGAUGCGGAGACCAUACCAAUGCAACAGAAGCUUCAGAUUUCCCUGAAUAAUAACGUCGGCCUCGAUGAAGCUGAUCCACCGGUGAGGAUCUCCGCCGCCCACAAUCCAGUUUCGACUGGUUUAAGGUUGUCGUACGAUGAUGAUGAGCGCAACUCUUCUGUCACAUCAAGUGGAAGUAUGAAUGCUUCAUCGUCGGUUAUGUUAUCUCUUACUGACGACUUUAAAACAGAACUUGACAACCAAAAGAGAGAGUUUGAUCAGUAUCUGAAGACUCAGGAAGAAACUCUGACAAAAGGGCUUCGGGAGAUAAAGCGUAGACACAUGGCUUCAUUUCUGGGUGUGAUGCAGAAAGGCAUUAGCAAUAAGCUGCACGAGAAGGAUGUUGAGCUCGAGAACAUAAACCGGAAAAACAAGGAACUUAUCGACAGAAUCAAGCAAACGGCUUCAGAAGCCCAGAACUGGUGCUACAGGGCGAAGUACAACGAGUCUGUAGCUACGAUGCUGAAAGCCAACCUCCAACGUGCAAUGCACAGCGCGGACCAAGCCAAGGAAGGGUUUGGGGACAGCGAGAUGGAGAUGGACGAUGCUACCUCCGGCGGGGUCCACCCCAAGUUCGGCCUAAGCGUCGGGGCGGGGGGUGGUGGGAGUCCCGCAAAACCACCACCACAACAAGCGAGGGAGUUGUUGAUUUGCAGAGGCUGCAAAUCGAAGGAGGUAUCCAUCUUAUUGUUGCCUUGCAGGCACCUGUGUUUGUGUGUAGAUUGUGAGGGGUCGGUGAGUGUCUGCCCCGUGUGCCAAAUGGUUACGGCCACUACUGUCCGGGUUUAUCUGUCUUGAAAUAUCAUCAACCAAACCAUAAUACCCCUUACAGUUGAAAGAAUAUAUAUAUUUAACUUGAAAAACAAUGGUGUGAGUGAAAGGUGUGGAAUAGUAAACAAGCUUUCUUGAUACCCCAUUUUGGGAGAACCAAAUUUCCAUCCAUUUCUUUUCUAUGAUCCAUGCAUGCAUGAUGUUUUGUGGUUUU